AGCACUGAGAGGUUCAUAAAGGUGAUGUGAGACAAACUUUCCUUUUUGAAGACACAACAGAAAGAAUGCGUUGGACAAUAGUGCACCUAUUGUGCCUGAUGACACUCAGCUGUAUGUCUUGCUCUGAGGAUAAGACACCAUUUACUGUUUCCUGUCCAGACUACCAGAGGGCCUUUGGAGGCUCCUGCUAUGAAUUUGUGGAUCUCCAGCAUACAUUUUUCAGUGCGCAGGCUUGGUGUGAGCAGCGAGGGGGACAUCUUGGAUUUAUCCCAGAUGAAGAAACGCAAUACUUUCUUCAAAGACUUUUGAACCCCAAGAAGGAUGUGUGGCUUGGAGUGGCCGCCUCACUCCCUACAAACCUGCAAUAUUCUCCAACUGCUGAAGGUGCUCUCUCUUGGCUGGAUGGCUCACAUAUCAACUAUUCAAACUGGGUUAGAAACCCACAGCCAAGAGCAGGUUGUGGACACAUUCUAAGAGAUUCCGGCUUCCAAUGGCAGGCCACAGCAGACUGCAACAAAAAACUGCCUUUUAUCUGCCAGUUCGACUCUGGGAGAUCCAUUGUGUGUGGGGGUCGUAACACCACUCUGCAGUGUGGUUCUGGUCAAGUCUUAAUCAUAGAUGGCAGUUUCUAUGGUCGUAGGAACGUUCAUUACUGUCGAUCCCCGCUAACAAUAUCCACAAAAAAUCAGUGUAGCUGGGUGGAUGUUGCAGAAUCAAUAAAAGCUCGCUGCAAUAACCGUGAGGUCUGCCAGCUAAUUGCUAAUGUUGUGGACCUCUUUGGUGAACCCUGUCCUCAGAUGGGGAGUUACCUGUCUGUUGAUUACCACUGCAAAGAUGGGCUCAUGCUGUCAGUGAGUACUGUUGCUGCUGUGUUUGAUGAAGUCACCAUCCAGGUAAAGUGGCUCUUAUAUCCACCACAGGAAAAGCUUAGCUGCAAGCUGGGUACUGGAGAUGGCCAUGUUUUGUAUCUGCCUAAUUCAGAGAGGUUAGAGAGCAGCAAAGUGCACAUAUACACUUACCCUGGCACAUUUGUUGUGGAAGUUGAAUGCACCAGCAAGGGCAUACACAUUACAGCUCAAAGCGUAAUUACCAUUCAAGAGCCCAUCACAAUGUUUGGUGUCAUAAGGUGCUAUGCCGGGAAACAGUCUUUUCACUCCACUAACUGCAAAGCCCUUCACGGGGAGCCAUUUCAGAUUCAAAUGGAGCUAAAAGCAGGUACAAAUGUGACCUAUAGAAUGAAAAGAGAUAACGUUUUGUUGUCACGUUCAUUUGUGGUCAGAGGAAAUGUUCCGGAGAACAUCACAGUGUCGCCAGAAAUGAUUCAGCAGCAUGGCCUUGGAUGCCAUCAUCUGACACUUUAUGCUUCUAACAUGGUCACGUCUUCUGAAGUUUCUAUGAACAUGCAGGUGUGUGUGUUGGAGAAAGUAACCGGGCUUCAAGCCUCUGUGUUGACAGACGGUGAGGACUGUUUGGAUUCUAAGGAUGUAACAGUUGCUGUUACCCUCGAAAAAGGAACACCUGUGCUGCUGCGAUUCUAUGUGACUGGAAACAACAGAUCAUACUCUGAGACCAAAGAAUUGAAUGCGGGCAGGGACAUUUUUCACAUUGGACCCCCAAUUCAAGGAUCUGUACAAGUGAAAAUCAGAGCAUGGAAUGCCUUCUCCUCUAUAGAAGUGGAAGUGGACACGUUUGCUUUCUGUGUCCUGGAGUCAGUCAUCAAACAACAUCGUUAUAAUGACAUCUUGUUGACACCGCAAAAAAAACAUUUAAGAGUUGCCAGGGCUUCAAAAAAAAUUGAACUAAUUGCAAUAGCAACACCACCAGUAGUAAUACCUACCACAAUCACUCUUUCAACAAGUAAACAAUCAGAGGUUGACACCAACAAUAUAAGAUAUUGGUGGACAUGCACUGAGAAAUCGAAUCCCUGUGGAUGCGAUGGAGAAUUUGAGGGGCUGGAAUACACAAUUCAAGGAGACUGCCUACCAGCCCCUUUUCAAUAUUAUAAGUAUUAUUUCAAGGACACAGAUAAAGGAAAGCAAAAUAAAGAUGCGAAAAAGGGUGAAUCCAUAUGCAUCACCUUUACCCUUCCGCUGAACGAGCCAUCUUGGCUGAGUUUCACAUGUAUUCAAGGUUGUAAUCCAGUAAGGGAAAACACGGAUGCAAUCAUUAAAAUGACUUGCUCAGGAAAAACAUGUCCAACGGUUCUCUGGAACAUUCAGGCCCCAAGGGAAAAAGGCGAUUGGCCAGAAGAAAUUAAAGCCAUCGAUGACUGCUACAAAGAUACAUAUCCACUUAUAGAAACACAGAAUGGGAAUGUUGAAUACACUGUGAACCAAGAGAUUCUUGAAAAAGCUAAAAAAAAAAAACGGAAUGUCACUGUGGUGAUUACCUCUGUGGAUGUCAAUCGCAUUUACAAAGAAAUCAUCAUUAUUACAUCAAGAACACCAGAACGUGAUGACCAGAAUCCAGACGGCACAACAGCAGGAAAUGGAGACGGUGCAACAACCCCUGCUGGUCCCGCCUCUACGUCACCUGUGACCAUAAGUCAGAGUUCUAGAGCCCCUAACAACCCUAACAACCCUGCCACUGCUCCCACCAUUUCACCUGCCUCUAAAUCACCCAGCACUUUGAGUGGCCCUACUAUCACCCCUGUCAACCCUAUCUCACCCAUCUCAUCUACCACCCCUUACACCAAUGGUCCUGCCACAAAAUUACCUGGCACAGUUGGUGACAACACCGCCACACCUACCACUGCAAACCCCAGUGAUACAUCUCCACCAACCACCUACAACACCGAUAACCUUAAGUGUAGCAUAUCGCCGGAAAGUGGAACUAUACUUGAUGCUUUCGAUAUAACUUGCACUACUGAAAUUCCUUGUUCUGACUGUCAGUAUUGUUUUAAAGCUCAAGACGGUAAGCACCUUCUAUGCAGUAAUAACAAUGAAGUGAAGUCGGUCUUUCUUCCACUUGGAAACAGCAGUUACAACUACACCCUGAUUAUCAAAGCGACUGCAAUAAAUAGCAGCUAUGAAGCUAACACCACUAUAACUGCAGAGGUGCUGGAUUUUACAGAAGAUGACAGCUCUUCAGUAGAUGGUCUCAAUGCUGCAGUGGAUAAUGCUAUGGCACUGCUUAAGAAACAAGGUCUUCUAUCAGGAGAAUAUGUUGGGCAGAUAUUUAGUUCUGUGUCUAAGAAACUGAACAGUCAAUCUGAUGAAGCGAAUCAAGCUGAUAGGAAAAAGCUUCGCGAAAAGAUGAUGGCCAUAAUAACUGAUACAGUAAAAGAAGUUCCGAUCCAAACUCCGGAAGGAAUUCAGGUGAUAGCCAGAGGACUUGCUGCUCUCGUCCAGAGAGGCACUGAACUUAGCUCCUCUGCUCAGGAGAAUGCAUCAAUAUUGCUUGCAGACUUGAGCUCAUAUCUCUUACACAUGGAUGUGUACCAAAAUGGACAAAAUGUGAAUGAAAUGCAGGCUGCAGCAAGCACCAUUGUGGAAGGAGCAAGCAAUAUCCUAGAUUUUCCUUCCAAUAAAAAUGUCUCUGAUGCACUUCUUCUUGCUUUGAGCAAUACACAGAGUGCACUGUUAGCAUGUAUGGAUGAUAACAAGGGUCCAACUGUCAUCCAACAAGCUCAUAUUGCUUUGUUUGUUUAUAGAUCGACUAUGAGAAGUUUGCACACAGAUUCUAUACAUAUUCCCAACAGUUACGGCCCCAGCUUUUCUCUACCCGCGCUUCCCUCCAAUAUAUUGUCUUCAGAUGAACCUGUGGGUGUAGGAAUGCUAAGUAUGGACAAGAAUCCCUUUUCCUGGAAUAAGGGAGGGAACAUCAGUGGAAUAACAGCAGCUCUAUCCCUCACAACAACAAAUGGCUCUAGUAUCGCUGUGGAGAACUUAAGUGAGAAUAUUAAGAUUUUGUUGCCAAGGCCUGUUGGAGAGCAGGUGAACUCGUCAGUGUUACACCUGGGGAACUUCAGCACAAUGAUCAUAGAUGUUGCUUCAGCUGAUUCUACGCUGGUUUUAAAGAUGGUGCCCUCCAAUGAUCCUUUACCGUUCAAAAUCCUCCUUGGAUAUAUGGACUUCCCAACUGAAAUAAAUAAUGUUGCGAUGACGGAGAUGCCUCACGAUGGUGCAACACAAGAGGAGAGAUACACUUGGCUACUAGAACCAAAGGAUUUAAAGGGAAACACCGGAGUGCACUAUCUUGUAGUUAGGCCCAUUGUAGGACCUGGUAUAAAAUCCAUCAAUGCAACUUUAACAUUUACCUCCAUCAGUACUGCAUGUAGAUUUUGGGAUGAAUCAAAAUUGGAUUGGAGCACUGAUGGAUGCAAGGUUGGUGUUCAUAGCACACAUUUGGUCACAGAGUGCCUCUGCAACCACCUUACCUUUUUUGGGAGCUCUUUCUUUGUAACUCCCAACCUCGUUGACCCGUCACGCACUGCUGAGCUGUUUGCGAGUUUUGCCGAGAAUCCUUUGGUUGUCUGCUUUGUUGCGUCACUCUUUGGGGCCUAUCUCUUGGUGAUUGUGUGGGCCCGACGGAAAGACAUUAAAGACACGGUCAAGGUGAAGGUGACGGUGCUUGAUGACAACUACCCGAUGGAUGAGUACCGCUACCUGUUGAGUGUCAGCACUGGGCAUCGGAGAAAAGCCGCCACUUCCUCUGAGGUGACAAUCACGCUGAUGGGUUCAGAGGGAAGCAGUGAACCGCAUCAUCUAACGGACUCGAAGAAAUGUGUGUUUGAGAGAGGUGCGGUGGAUUUGUUCCUGCUAACUACGCCCUUUUCUCUGGGAGACCUGCAGGGUAUCAGACUAUGGCACAACAACUCAGGGAGCCAUCCUGCAUGGUAUGUCGGGAAUGUCAUGGUGCAGGAUUUACAGACAGAGCAGAAAUGUUAUUUUCUGUGCAACUCAUGGCUGGCCCUGGAUAUUGGUGAUUGUUCCCUGGAUAAAGUCUUUCCUGUUUCGACAGAGAUGGAUUUAAAGAGGUUCAGUAACUUGUUCUUUAUGAAGACUUCAAAGGAUUUCAGUGAUGGACACCUCUGGUACUCUGUGAUCAAUCGCCCACCGAGCAGCAACUUCACCUGUGUGCAGAGGGUUUCCUGUUGUUUUACCCUGCUGCUCUGUACCAUGCUUACCAGUGUCAUGUUCUAUGGCAUCCCAACAGAUCCCUCUGAGCAGACCAUGGACAUGGGUCUCUUUGAGUUUACAUGGCAACAGUUCAUGAUCGGAGUACAAAGUUCCCUCAUUAUGUUUCCCGUUAACAUCCUCAUUGUAAGCAUCUUCCGAAACACUCGUCCAAGGGAAACAUUUUGUUGCAAGCGCAAGACAAAAAAAACAGAUGCUGAACGGUUGUUUUUCUCUCAAACUAACACCGCCAACAUGAGUGUCAAUGUUACUUUGGACACUGUCAUUAUGAAUAUAAAAAGGGUUGCCCAAUCUCUGUCAAAGACCAUGAAAAGCAACAUCCCAUGCACAGAGUCCGAGUUUGGUCCUGCACAACAAGUUGAUAUCAAUGCUGUCCUUUCUACAGUGGAGCAAUUCAUCAAAAUGAAUAACAAGACCAGUGACACCGCCCAGCCUCAGCUAGCUGAGAACAGUCCUACUAUGCAUCAUGGGUCAACAGUGGACGGGAUUCAGAAGAAGAGCAACAAAACCCAGUAUUUGUACAGGCAGCUGUGUCACAUCGACAAACAGCUGAGCAUGCUGGGACCCUCCAGCUUCCCCAACCCACACAGCUACAGCCGGGCUCUGCAGCAGGUCCACGGCAUGAAGUUCUUCCUCGAAGAUCAGCUCUUUACAUUCGGCUUUAACAACCCAGAAGAACCCAAACUGAAGAAGUUGAGCCCUGAAGACAGCACUGAUGGUGAUGAUAAUAAGAAGAAAAGAGGGUGUUGUCACGGAGGGCUUCCAUGGUGGUUCAUUUUUGUUGGCUGGGCACUUAUGAUCGCAAGCAGUUUUGUUUCAGGAUAUUUCACAAUGCUGUACGGCUUGAAAUUUGGGAAGGAACGCUCUGCAAGCUGGUUGGUGUCCAUGAUUGUCUCCUUUUUUCAAAGUAUCCUCGUCAUUCAGCCCCUGAAGGUGAUAUUUCUUGCAAUCUUCUUUGCACUCGUAAUAAAGAAAGUGGAUGAGGAAGAUUUUGAAAAUGUGACGUUUGAAAGAAAUGAGAAAAAUCUAGGUGAUUGUAAGGAACCACAAGCAGUCAGACGAGAUAACAGUCUCUAUGUCCCUCCUGCUGCUGCUGACAUUGAGAAGAUGAAAAGAUACAAGAUUAUGGAACAAAAAGCCUUUGCCCUACUGAAGGAGAUUUUGACCUACAUAGGGUUUAUAUGGAUGUUGAUGCUGGUGGCUUACGGCGAGAAAGAUCCCAAUGCUUUUUACCUGAAACAACACAUCCGGGAUAGCUUCAGUACAGAGAUCACAGACAGCAUGAAUCCUGGAGAUGUGUUCACAUGGGCAAACACAUUGCUACUAAAAAACCUUUUUGGGGUUUAUCCAGGAUUUAUCACAGAUGGAAACUCCAAGCUAGUAGGCAAUGCCCGCCUCCGUCAGCUGAGAGUGCAGAAGAACUCCUGUCAAAUUGCAGGCUACAUGCAGCAGUUUGUACCAGACUGUCACGCGCCAUAUUCAUGGGACUUGGAGGAUAUGGGCUCCUAUGAUCCUGGCUGGAACCAUUUUGUUAAGGAGAAUGUCUCUAGAAGCACCGUCAGCCCAUGGAUGUAUCAAACACAGGCUCAGCUCAGGGCUCAUCCUUUCUGGGGCAAAAUGGUACUGUACAGGGGAGGCGGCUUUGUAGCGGAGCUCGGCCCGGAUUCACAAAAUGCCAGCCGCACCCUUGAGUAUCUGUUCAAGAACACUUGGUUGGAUGCAUACACAAGGGCAAUCUUUGUAGAGUUUACCAUCUACAACGCUAAUGUGAACCUCUUCUGCAUUGUCACACUCCUGCUCGAGACAACAGCUGUAGGAGCUUUUCAAUUUUACAGUGAGUUGCAGAGUGUUCGACUUUACCAUUCAACUGGUGGUCUUCACAUCUUUGUCAUGGCUGCUGAGAUCGUAUACAUGCUUUUCAUCCUCUAUUACAUGUUCCUGCAGGCCAAAUUAAUGAAACAGCAGCGGUGGGCUUACUUCAGGAGCAAGUGGAAUCUUCUUGAGCUGACUAUCAUACUAAGCUGGAGCACCUUGGCUGUCUAUAUUAAGAGGACCCUGCUUGGGAACCGUGACAUAACCUACUACCAAAAUCACAAAGACCAAUUUGCCAAUUUUUUUGAGACAGCCUCAGCAAACUCAGUGCUCCAAUAUAUGAUCGCUUUCCUCGUCCUGCUCUCCACUUUCAAACUGUGGCACCUGCUCCGACUUAACGCCAAGAUGAACAUGCUCACAGCUGCACUGCAGCGCGCCUGGAGUGACGUUUCCGGCUUACUUCUGGUCAUUGUGGUCAUGUUCGUGGCAUAUUCCAUUUCGAGCAACGUGAUUUAUGGCUGGAAGGUAUCCUCAUACAAAACUUUGACGGAUGCUCUCCUGACCCUCAUCAGUUUGCAGAUAGGCAUCUUUAAUUACGAUGAGGUCCUGGACAACACCCCUGUGCUUGGGGGAUUGCUAUUUGGAUCCUGUGUUGUUUUCAUGACGUUUGUGGUGCUCAAUCUUCUCCUAUCUGUGAUUCUUGUGGCAUUCCACCAGGAGCAAAUAUAUCACAAGUCCUCAGACGAGGAGGAGAUUGUCGACCUGAUGCUCAAGAAAAUCUGCAGUCUUUUCGGGAUCCCAUUUGAGAAUACAAAUGAAACCCCAACGCCUGAUCUGAACAAGGCUGAUGAGUCAACCAUUAACAACAGCAAAAAUAUCCUUAACAAUUCCUCAGUUGAUGUUAAUGUUUUUUAGACAGCUGAACAAACAGUUAAGAAAAUACAUAUCUCGCAUAUUGAGAAGUCAUCUUGAUAACUUCUCAAUAUGAGAUACAUCUGGUUAAACAUUGAAGUAGGAAACCGCUCACAUUCUUUACAUAUAAGGUAAUAAAAAGGUUAUCUUACAUACACACAUGUCUAUAUCAUACAUAUCUAUAGGCUAAUGGUCUUUAUUCAAAAACUCUAAAAUUGGAAUGUUAACUUGGCAUUACCUAACAGCACGUUGUAUAACGUCAUCCCUAAAUACACCAUACAGAUUUUAGUUGAACAAAAAGCAAAAAUAUAUACCUAUAUGUUGGUUUUAUUGUAUGCUUUAAUGGAUAAUUAUUAUUGUUUUUAUGUAUACAAAGUUUUUAUAAAUAAAUAUGUGUUUGUGAGAAUUGUAAAAUGUCAUGUAUUUGGUCAAUUAAA